GAGACUGCAAAAAGAAAGAGAACUUUCUCUUUGUUUUGCUGUUCUUCUUUUACUCAGCGCUUCCGGGCAGCAUCUCUUCACCAAUCCAAACUCCCAACAAACCAACACGCAGAUAUGAAUGCAGCAACAGUAGCAGCACCUGGUGGCUCCAAGGCUGCUCCUCCCAAGUUCAAGCAGAAGGAGACUAGGCAGUUCAAGAGCAAGGCUCCCAAAGCUGGACAAAAGGGAUUUGAUGAUGUUCCAGGGAUGGAGGGCCUUGGAGACGCGGAGGUCAUCUGCCCCUGGGAGGCGUUUGGUGACAUGGAGCUGAGUGAUCUGGCCCAGUUUGGCAUUGUCUAAACAUUCAGCCAAAUGGAAACACAGUUUAUUCCUGGUGGCUGCAAUCCAGCAGCUUUUUUUGUGCUCUCCUCAUGAGUUCUCCCCCUCAUUAGGCAUGGAGAUGAGCCUGAAUGGGUACCAAUUAAGGACGACUGAUGAAUGGAGAGGGAUUUCUUUUCUCUUUCCUUGAUAAGUGGAGGAAGAAGCUCUUGGACAGCAGCCCCCAAGAAUGACUCUUUGUCUACCAAUACACCUCAACACCUGGAAGUUUUACCAUCUCUCUGUGCUCUAUAUAUCUUAGAGUAGACCUACUUGAGAUUUCAGGAUGUCUUUGUUGGGACCUGGUUGUCCUGCGUAGCCUAGCACCUGUGUAAAAGUGUAACACACUGUACCGCUGCAUGGGUUUCAUUAAUGGGAUGAUGGGUGAACACAUCUUUAUUUUAACAACGAUCACUGAAGUCUAUGUUAUUCUUGUUGACUGUCUAUCUAUCUAUCUAUCUAUCUAUCUAUCUAUCUAUCUAUCUAUCUAUCUAUCUGAUCAUAUUGAAUAUAGUUGUGUACUUAGUUGUGGUUAACGCUGUAUGUCUUAUAAU